GCCUUGCCAGAUGCCCUUUGCACUUCAACAUCCUGACGCCAAGGCCGUUUCUGACCACCAGACCUGCACCCUCAACAUCCCGAUCUCAAUCAGCGUACAGGGACCAGCCAAGUUUCCAACAUACGAGAUCCGUCUUGGAGACAUCCUCGGGGGACUUCUCAAGCUGGACAAUCUGUCGUCGGGAAUUUUACAGGAAGAUGCAACCAUCGUGUCAGUACACGCAUCGUCCACUAUGCCUCUCCAAGUCGUGUCAUGCGACCAUGCCACUAAAAGUCCACACAGAGAGUCUCUUACUCAGUGCUCGCUGGAGUUCCCCAGCGCUUGAUAGGGAGUGAUGCUGCGACUCCCUCCAAGUAGUUCAAUGCGACCAUGCUACUAAACGGAUACAUGGAGGCACCAUUGCUAGUGCUCAUUCAGAACCACCAGAUCCUGCACGGCAUCAACUUGACAGACUGGCACGAGGCGCUGUCUUCCAUGACCCUGGACGAAGCAAAGCACCUCCUGUCCGGCAG